AAAAAGAGGCCAGUUCUUCCUCAACAGCGGCCUGGGAGGGUUGGUGUAGAACAACUGGGCCAUCUGCAUCAAGACAUUGGAGGGAAAAGAUCGAUGGCAGGAGUGAACGGGGAUCGCAAGGGGAAGAAAGAUGAUAAUGGGCUGGGCACAGCAAUCGACUUUGUGCUCUCUAAUGCAAAGCUGGUGCUGGGAGUGGGGGGAGCUGCCAUGCUGGGCAUCGCCACGCUUGCCGUCAAAAGAAUGUACGAUCGAGCUCUCAGUGCCCCAUCCAGUCCCACAAAAGCAGACCCAUCAGGACGAAGAAGCUGGGAGGAGCCGAGCUGGUUGGGGUCAUCUCCACGCACACUAAACCAUGACAUGAAACAAAACGUCAGUCGCUCAUUACAGACACUUCCCACCUCCUCCAGCUCCUUCAAGCCGGAGUCUUUCCAUCGUGGUUUGGCUCGUGGUGGCCGUCCUGCGAAGGCUGAGCUCCAGAGGGCACGGCUGCGUCUCUCUCUUCAGGAACAUCUCUGGGCCUUCUUUCAUGAGCGAGUCACGAUCCCCUCAGAAGAGCAGUCUGUCGCCCGUCGUGCUGCGUUGGACAUCUGUGCAGAGCUCAGAGUGUUUCUCCAUGCCAAACUACCUGAUAUGCCCCUACGAGAAAUGUACCUGAGCGGAAGUCUGUACGAUGACCUUCAGGUGGUGACUGCUGAUCACGCCCAGCUCAUGGUUCCCCUGAUCCUGGAGAAGAAUCUCUGGUCGUCCAUUCCUGGCGAGGACACCAUCAUGAACAUUCCUGGCUUCUCAUUGGUUCGCCGUGAAAACCUGGAGUACUUCCCACGAGGUAGCAGCUACUGGGACCGUUGCAUGGUGGGUGGCUACCUUUCCCCAAAGAGCGUUCUAGAAGUCUUUGAGAAGCUCGUCGCGGGUUCCAUCAAUUGGCCCGCCAUCGGUAGUGUUUUAGAUUACGUCAUUCGUCCCGUGGUUCCAUCUGAAACGCUCACUCUAGAAGUGCAGUACGAAACAGAUCGCCGGCUGUAUGUGGACUUCCUCCCAUUGCUUGUCAUGGAGGAUGGCGUAUCGUUGAUCGCCAAACCGCAUCGAUUGGCUGCCGAAAGACAUGAAAAUCUGUGGCGGCAGAGCUUUCGUGUGGCAGAAACGGCAAAGUUGCGCGCACUCGAUCAGGAAGACGCCGGGUGCCGGUCUGUGUGUCUUAAAAUCCUUAAAGCCGUGUGUAAACUGAAUCCAGCGCUGGCCAGAUUAAACGCAAGCCAGCUCACAAAUGCAAUCCUUCUCCUGAGCGAACAGGAGGGUGAUUGGACUCAGGAGGCGCUCGCCGAUCGUUUCACACAGCUUCUUCGUGCACUAGUGGGACAUCUAGAGGCUGGGAGGAUGCCUUGCACCCUAAAUCUCAAAGUCAAUCUGUUGUGCGAGUUAACGCCGCAGGAAAUAGACGAACUGGGAUACACACUCUACUGCGCGCUGUCUGAUCCUGAGAGCCUUUUGAGAACUGUUUAACCAAUGCAUGCACACACACACACACACUACCACUGUUUCCAUGCAAGCUGAUACACAAUCCAAAAUGAUUGAUAUGCGUCACGUCAUUUUCACACUUUUAUAUCAUCGUCAGUUAUCUUCAGGUAAAUCUGUCGUAUUUUUACGGCAUGGCAAAUCUCAUUUAGGAGUUUUAGGCUUUCCUGAUUCACACUUCAGUGUCAUGAAGAUUAUAUAUUUAUCUAGUGGAGGAUCGGAUUAUAAUUCUAGUGAUCCCUAUGUGAUAUUUUUUAUAAAUUCAUGCAUAGUCUUCUCUUGUUUCAGUUUUUACCAAAAAUGCAAUGGGUUUCAGCGAAGGUCAUCUCACUUGUUACGUUUGAUUUAUGAAAUUUUGAUUUGAGGUAUUAUGGUUAUGGUUCCUGUUUUCAUUAAAAUGCUUUCAUAUUGAGUGUUUUCAGAGUAAUAUAUACAUGUUUGACACAGGAAGAAGGUUUAGGUUGUUCAGAUGGUCCCCAUUUUUAUGACAUUUCCAGUCACUUUUCAUAAACAGAAAUGACAAUGUUGCUUAACAGAUUAUUAUUUUUAUUUCUGAAGUAUGAAGUUAAGCAAUACUAUUUAAAAUGAGUACAAUUGUCCAAAUAUUAUAUAUUUUCCACUAGGUUUCUGUUCAUUAUUUAAAAUUAAACCAUGUUAAUUUGCUCCUGUGCUCUUGUCACCCCAUUCUGUGCCAUUUAAAACAUGUUCAUUACCUGUAAGCAGCUGUGUUAUGUCAGAGUAAUAUGUAAAGAUAAUUUGUUAGUAUUGUAGCAUACAUUGAUUAUAUUUGGCUACGUUCUAUAAAUUAUCUUUUAAAACUCCUAAAAAUGUUUAGUGGGAUGUGUGAUGUUAUUAAAAUGAUUGAAACGGGCGAUUAAAUACUGAUGAAAUCAGGUAUUCUUUAUCUGAUUUGUAUUGUGUUAAAGCUGCCUAAUGAACCAAGACAAACAUGCAGAAGUUUUUAAAGGGAUAGUUCACCCAAAAAAAUGAAAACUGAUACUUUCACUCAAACUCAAAAUAUUCUAAACCUUAUAGCUGCUGUGUAAAACAAAAGAAGAUAUUUUAAAGAGUGUUCGUGAAUUAACAAUUGACAAUAACCGUUGAUCUCAAGUCAAUGGCUACCAUCAACUCUUUGGUUACCAGCAUUGUUUCAAAUAUCUUUGUAAGAAGCUCAUACAUGUUUGUAACAGGUAGAGGGUGUGUACAAUGAUAUCUGAAUUAAUUUAUUGAACGAACUGUCCUUUUAAAUAUUUUCGGAGAAAUCUGGGUUUGCUGAAGCCGUGUGGAUUAUAAGGAAUGUUUGGAUGAACUGAAAGGUAUUGUGUGCAAAAAUUCAUAGAGAUCUUUUAGUAUUUUUGUACUGAUUGUACAGAUAUAACCAAAAACAGGCGUGAAACUAUUUAUGUAUAUCUUCUGAUCGUACCUUUAUGUACUUGUAGAGUCACUUGAUGGAACAAAAAUAUAAAAUAGACUACGUCUGCGCUAUGAAAUGCCAAAACUCGCAGGAGAUCAUGUGUUCAUGUACUGAAGCGUUUCAUUUUGCUUGUGUAACACUUGUGUUAUGUAGCAGAUGCACAUUUACCUAGCGAAUGAUGCGAACGAGCAGCAACGGAUCCAAAGUAGAUCUGCAGUUCAGCUUGGCCUAGUGCUGUGUGCAUGUGACGCUUGUGUUACUUGUUUCAUCAGUUCCUGUCUGGUGGUUUUUAUUUUUAUUAAACAGCACUUUGUAUUGGUUGUCCUGUAAGAGUGUUUUGUGCCUCUGGUUUCUGCAAUACAGAGCAAAGGAUGAAAAUAAAAUAGAAUGGCGUGAA